CUCGAGCAAUGAAAAUGAUUUUUAUGUUCUAAUCAUAUGAACUAUGAAGCAAUUUGAUUCGAUGAAGUACUUAUCCUUGAAGAGAACACUGAACAGUUGUGUAAGCCUCGACCAGCUAAAGAGAAUCCAUGCACUGUGUGUGACACUGGGAUUCUUACACACACAAAAUCUCAAACAAUCUUUGUCAUGCACGUUGCUUCAAUGUUAUAAGAAUGUCGGAAAAACAGAACAAGCGCAGAGGGUCUUCGAUCAGAUUAAUGAUCCUGAUAUAGUAUCAUGGACAUGCCUCCUCAAUCUCUACCUUCAUUCUGCUUUAUCAUCUUGUGGGCAGUGCAAGGAUUUGGUUAGAGGGAGGGUUGUUCAUGGAAUGCUGUUGAGGAAUGGUUUUGAUGAAAACCCUGUUGUGGGGAAUUCUCUGAUUGACAUGUAUUGUAGAAAUGGGGUGAUGGGGAUGGCUGCAUUGGUUUUUGAGAAUAUGGGGUCCAAGGAUGUGUAUUCUUGGACUAGUUUGUUGAAUGGGUACAUGUUGUGUAACAAUGUGAGUUGUGCUCGUGAAGUGUUUGAUGCAAUGCCUGAAAGAAAUUUGGUUUCAUGGACGGCUAUGAUUACUGGGUGUGUCAGAGCAGGAGCUCCAGUUCAGGCUUUGGAGAUGUUUAAGCAGAUGGAAGGUGAUGAUGGGGGACUUCAUUGUACGGAUUUGAUGGUGGCGGUGCUCUCCGCGUGUGCGGAUGUUGGGGAUCUUGAUUUUGGUCAGUGUAUGCAUGGUUGUGUUAAGAAAAGGAGGUUGGAGCUGGAUGUUGCGGUGAGCAAUGCUCUGAUGGAUAUGUACUCCAAAAGUGGAAGGCUUGACUUGGCUGUAAGGAUAUUUGAUGAAAUCUUGAAGAAAGAUGUGUUUUCGUGGACUACAAUGAUAUCAGGUUAUGCUUAUCAUGGGGAAGGGCAUCUUGCGUUGGAGGCUUUUCGUCGCAUGUUAGAAUCCGGUGUUAACCCAAACGAGGUAACCCUGUUGUCAGUUUUGACUGCUUGUAGCCAUGCUGGGCUAGUCGUGCAGGGAAAAGUGUUGUUCAAUAGAAUGAUUCAGUGCCGUUACAUGAAGCCAAAGAUUGAACAUUAUGGAUGCCUGGUGGAUCUUCUUGGCCGAGCAGGAUUGCUGGAAGAGGCAAAAGAAGUUAUUGGGAUGAUGCCAUUUAGCCCUGAUGCUGCUAUGUGGAGAUCAUUACUGACUGCUUGCUUAGUCCAUGAGAAUUUGAGAAUGGCUCAAAUAGCAGGAAAGAAGUUAAUUGAACUUGAACCAAAUGAUGAUGGUGUUUAUAUGCUUCUAUGGAAUAUGUAUUGUGUUGCUGAUAUGUGGAAAGAAGCCUCGGAGAUAAGGAAGUUUAUGAGGGAAAGGAGGGUCAGAAAAAAUCCUGGUCGUAGUAUGGUUGAUGUGAAUGGUGUUGUACAAGAAUUCUUUGCCAAAGACUCAUCACUCCAUGUUAGUGCAGAGCUUUGCCACUUGCUAAAAGGAAUGAAGGAGCACUCAGAAACAUAUAAUUUUUAACACUUGUGGUGCUCAGAAAAAUAUAAUUUUAAACAACACUUGUGGUGUGGAGGCCUUUGCUAUUGAAGCAAAUGACAGAAAAGGAAACCAAGGAACUACAAUUUCUGCAGUCAUUUCAUUCUUUUGAUCCAGGAGAGAUUUGGAGAUUUCAGUCAGCCAAAAGUCUGAACGAUUUAUCUUUGUGAUGAAUGCAGAGACAUGUUUCCAAUCUAGUAUAUUAAUAAUGUUUAUGUAUUUAUUUGUAAGAAAAAUCUUGAAGUGCAUAUUUUCCUUGUAUCUGAUCUGAUCUGAUCAUGCAUACAUGAUUGUUUACACGGUUAUACCGUCAUAUCUCAUUCAAUGUACAAUAUAUAGCAGGUGGAAUUUCUGUUUUACCUUUCUGAUGGUUUGUGAUGACUGUUGUAUUAAAAAGCUAACUAGUUGCUACCCUUUUUUGGA